UCAGGUAAUCUCUCUCUCUUCCACAACAGGAGGUCCGCGAACUGCUCUCUGGCUACCUCGUUCACAGCGUCCAGAUCCAACCAUCGAACGGGUCAGCGCGGGUGUUGUUAGCUGAACCUGAGGUGCUAGAGGCGUGGGCUAAGUCAAGUCACCACACCCUCAGAGGUCACAAGGUCACCAUCUCCCCCUCCAACACCGAAGGACUUCUGUGUGUGGCUAGACUACCUUCAGAUUGCACCGAGGAGGAGUUUGCAGGACUGGUCGGAUCCCUGGGCGAGGUGUCCUACUGUUUCCUCAUGCGGUCAGAGAAGACAGGCGAGAGCAAGGGUUAUGGAUUCAUCGAGUACGUGACGAAGGAGGUAGCACUGCAGGCCAAGUCGGUGUUGGACGGUCGAGAGCUGAGGGAUUCAGUGCUCGUGUGCGACUGGCUUGACCCUGGCCACGUCACCUUUGCUUCUCUCCACUCCACCUGCCUCUACGUCGACCGCCUGCCCAAGGACUACAGGGAUAUGGGGGAAUUCAGGAGAGUCUUCAGUAAAGUCACCAAUCCUCCAUACUGCCAGAUCGCGAUGCGUAACGGGGCUCUUCAGGACUGGGGACUGGUGGAGUUUAACGAUGCGGACGACGCCGAGGAGACUCAAGCGACACUCAACAACUAUAAGCUACGUGGCCACAGUAUCCGGGUCCAGUACUGUAUCCCCGGCGUGAGGGCGAUCAACAUCUACAUGAAGAUACUGAAUGAUCCG